AUGGAUAUGGGCGGCCUGAGAAUUCCAAGCUCACACCACCACCGCCUUCUCUCUCCUCCCCAAAUCCACCACCUCCUCUUCACCACCACCACCACCGCCCCCGGCCCGUGGUACACCCCAUCAUCACCUCACCAAUACCACCUCGAUCAAGGUCGAGACGAAGAACUGAUCCUCUCAACCAUCUCUGAAGCCAUCAUUAACUACCCAACAAAACCCCUCCACACCUCCCUUAGAAAGAUCCUGCCUUCCCUCACAGCCCAUCAAAUUAUCAGCCUGAUCAACCUUAACCCUCACUCUCUCUCUCCAGCAUCUCUUUCCUCCUUCUUCACAUGGCUCUCCUCUCAACCCUCCUUUCGCCAUACCCUCCACUCCUACUGCACCAUGACCCAUUUCCUCUUUUCCCACCAAAUGCUCCCACAAGCCCAAAAUCUCCUCCAAAUCAUUGUCUCACGAAAAGGAAAAGACUCUGCUGCUCCAGUUUUCGCUGCAAUUCUCGAAACCAAAGGUACCCAUCAAUCCAAUUGUGUGUUCAAUGCUCUUAUGAGUGCUUACAUAGAUUCGGGCUUCAUUUCCGAUGCAAUUCAAUGCUUUAGAUUGGUUAAGAAGCAUCGAAUUGGCAUCCCAUUUCCAUCUUGUAGUCGCCUUCUUUACUUGCUAAUAAAAUCGAAUGCACCCUUGGUGGCUUGGGCGUUUUAUAAGGAUAUUUUGGGUUAUGGGUAUCCACCAAAUGUACACAAUUUCAACAUUUUGAUGAACAGACUCUGCAAAGAAGGGAAAAUAAGGGAGGCCCUAAUGAUUUUUGGUGAGAUGGAAAAGAGGGGUUGGAGGCCAAGUGUGGUUAGUUUCAAUAUUUUAGUAAAUGGCUUUUGUAAAUUGGGUAAUUUAGAGGAGGGGUUCAGGUUGAAGAGGGAUAUGGAAGAUAAUGGAAUCUUUCCUGAUGUUUUUACUUAUAGUGUUUUGAUUUAUGGGCUUUGUAUGGAGAGUAGGUUGGAGGAUGCAAAUGAGUUGUUCAAUGAGAUGUGUGGAAAAGGUUUGGUUCCCAAUGAUGUUACUUUUACUACUUUGAUUAACGGGCACUGCAAAAAUGGGAGAAUUGAUAUGGCUUUGGAGAUUUAUGAGCAGAUGUUGAUGAAAGGAGUGAAGCCUGAUUUGAUCAUGUACAAUUCGCUUGUCAAUGGUCUUUGCAAGAGUGGAGAGUUGAGGGAAGCAAGGAAACUUGUUGACGAGAUGACAAGGGUGGGUUUGAAGCCUGACAAGAUUACAUAUACAACCCUUAUUGAUGGAUGCUGCAAGGACGGAGAUUUGAAUGCGGCACUGCAGAUCAGGAAGGGAAUGACUGAGGUCGGCAUGGAGCUCGAUAGUGUGGCACUCACCGCCCUUAUUUCUGGGUUUUGUAGAGAAGGACGAGUGUUUGAUGCUGAAAGAACAUUGAGGGAAAUGUUGACAACUGGUGUGAAACCUGCCGUUGCAACAUAUACUAUGGUCAUUGAUGGGUUCUGUAAGAAGGGAGAUGUUAAGAUGGGUUUCAAAUUGCUCAAGGAGAUGCGGAGUGAUGGACGUGUACCCAAUGUUGUAACAUAUAAUGUGCUUAUGAAUGGCCUGUGCAAGCAAGGUCAGAUGAAAAAUGCUAAGAUGCUGUUAGAUGCGAUGCUUAACUUGGGGGUGGUUCCAGAUGACAUAACUUACAACAUCCUAUUGGAAGGGCAUUGCAAGCAUGGGAACCCUGAGGAUUGUAAGAGACUUCGUAGCGAGAAAGGGCUUGUUCUUGAUUAUGCUUCUUAUACUUCACUAGUUGGUGGUUUCAGCAAAACUUCAAGACAUCGUCAGAAGAGAUGAUAACUACACAGGUGAAUUUCAUUUCAAGUAGGUACUGUAAAAUGAGUUCAGAGAGGCUAUAUCAAUUCCCCUAAUGUGUUAUCCAUCUUGGGAUGUGUAGUUGAGGCACAGUAAGAUGUCACAUAUACUAUCCUUGUCGACGGUUCUGUAGGAAUGUGGAUGUUAAGGUUUUUAAUUUCCCAUGGGAUUGAUGUUCCAGUCCAAAUAGUGAAGGAAUUGAAUCUGGACUGCUCGAUUGCCUUCAGAGUCCAGGGCUGUUCGAACAGGAUUGAGUUACUAAUGGGUCGAUGUUAGUGAGGAUGGCCCACAUGAUCUGGAUGAGGCAUAAUACAAACCGGAGAUAAUCAUGGCUUGUGCUACUCUAUGGAUAACAACCAAGGUUAUAGUUAUGUUACAUGGUAGGUGCUCUUUGGGGGGAUGUUUCUGCUCUAUUAAUUGAUGUUGUGAUGUGGACCUUUCUUGUGCAAAGAAAAGGGACAGAAGCGAAAAUAAGAAUCUUCACAUGCAUGCUGGAUGAAGGUGGAGUUCAAACUUAAAGCUUCCACCUCUGGUUCCUGAAGGGAUAUCUUUGGCGCUCUGUAAGAAUAUGAUAUACCUAUAACUAUUUAUACAUUUUGUUGUAGUAGCUGGAUUGAAACAUGGAAGGAAAUAAAGCUUCCUCGGUGGAUGAAUGUCAUUAUGGCGAACCAUGUAAAUUAGUUUCUACUCUCUCUUGUAAUCUCUAUUAUCCUGCAAAGAAAGAAAGAAAGAAAGGUUUAGGCGAUUGAUCAAAAAGACAUUUCCUUCGCUU